AAUGAGGUACCUGAAGGCAACACCAACGUACAGUACAGAGUUUUCGUCUGUGAGCAAUAUUUCUGGAGUAUGUAGUGUCGUGUCAGAAAAUUAAGAUAAAUCCCGAAAUAUUGACGGGGCGUAUAACUAUACUUUCAAUAUUAAUAUAACAAUAAUAGCUAGUUAGCUAGCUAUGUAUUUCCGUCAAAUUUUGCGGACUCAGUUCGUCUGGACCCGGACGGCUCACCUCAGCCGUUUGCACCGUGUUUGUCAAGCCGAGGUAGCUGCUCUAAAAAUAACCCGUCUGAUUCUCAUAUACUUUUUCUUUUCGUUAACUUCUGCUGAGCAUUUUGACAACAACUGUCCAACCAGGCCUGGUGGUGGCUGUGGGAAACCUGCAGUGCGCCACCACCAAGAGAGACCACUGUGCACCAAAAGUGACGAGGUGGGACUGGCAGAGGAAGCCAGCAAGAAAUAUGGCUCCCCAGCUCCAACCAUCUUCUCCAAAGUGAUUGACAAAAGCAUCCCUGCUGAUAUCAUCUAUGAGGAUGACAAGUGUUUGGCAUUCAGGGAUGUCAACCCACAGGCCCCUGUUCACUUCCUGGUUAUUCCAAGAGUCCCUAUUCCCAGAAUAAGUGAGGUCAAAGAUGAUGACGCUGAGCUCUUAGGACAUUUGUUGGUUGUUGCCAAGAAUGUGGCGAAGCAAGAAUCUCUAAAAGAAGGAUACAGAGUGGUGAUCAACGAUGGAAAACACGGUGCUCAGUCAGUUUACCACCUUCACAUCCACGUGCUGGGGGGAAGACAGAUGAAGUGGCCACCAGGAUAAUGGUUUCUUCUCCCUGUUAAUGUGUGCGUCAGUCUUUUCAGGCUACUUUUAUGUGUUUAAUCCCAACAGGCAUGACUUAAUUAUAUUAUGGGUGUAGUUCACAUUCUCGUCCCAUCAUUCUGUACAAAAACUCGCUUCACCACUCAAAAAAUAUGACAUGUAAAUAAUGUUGAUCUCGACAAAUGUAAAAAUUAAAUGUAAAAAUAAAGAUAUUACGUUUGAUA